AUGGAUGAGCCCAAAACUAGUAUUGAAAGAUCAAGGAGAGAGGACACGGACCAGGCUGCAUUUCUCAUUGAUUCACCUAAUGCGGGCAUUAGUUUAAUUUCAAAUGCCAAGUUGUACUCAGUCUCCAUACAUCUCAACUUCAGUGAAAGAGGAGAGCCAGGAGUGCAGCGAGAGGUGGAGCUCCUCAGAAAGUAUUACCAAUUGAGGCUCCGGUUAACUGGCAACUUUGGUCAGAAAGCUUUGGUUGGAGAGGGAUCUUAUAGCUGCGUGUUUUGUGCUAAAUGGAGCAAUGGCCAGCAAGCAGCAAUCAAAAACUUGGAUACUAGUUCUUCACCAGAACCAGAUUCUGACUUUGCAGCCCAGUUAUCAAUGAUUUCAAGACUUAAACAUGAGCAUUUCACGACUCUUAUGGGCUAUUGUCUCGAGGGAAACAAUCAUAUAUUGGUAUAUGAGUUCGCAACAAAGGGCUCUUUACACGAUGUAUUACAUGGUAGAAAAGGUGUAAAAGGUGUUGAGCCAGGUCCUGUUCUUACCUGGAAUCAGAGAGUUAAAAUUGCUUAUGGUGCAGCAAAAGGCCUCGAAUACCUACACGAAAAAGUUCAGCCACCUAUCGUUCAUCGUGAUGUCAGAUCCAGGAUAAAACACAUAGUUAUACAAAUCAAAUUUGAGAGAUUUUAUGCACCCUUAUUCCUCAGAUAA